GAGUGGACUAAACUGAACUGAAAGACUAACACGUUGAUUCCUGGCUGAUAGUUCCAUUUCCUCUCUCUUUCUCCUGUAUAUGCUACAAUAAAUUUUCAAUAUUUGGUAUUUUGUUAAGAAGGCAAAUUAAAACUUUCCUUGAGGGUGCGCUUCCUUGAUUACCCACUUUCUCUUUUCUCGAAAAACCGCGUUUUUCUUAUAGCUUUAACGGAUCGUAAAGGCCUCCAACUUCACUUUUUUGAGCUAAGAAAGAUAGUUAAAAGAGAAAAGAGAAAGAAACUAAAGAUUAUGGCAGAGACUAGGCACUAUGGCCUUAGCAAUCAACUGGAUAUUGAGCAGAUACUAAUGGAAGCACAGCACAGGUGGCUAAGGCCAGCUGAAAUAUGUGAAAUUCUUAAAGAUUAUAAGAAAUUUCACAUUGCUCCAGAACCUGCACAUAUGCCACCAAGUGGUUCGCUUUUUCUUUUUGAUCGAAAGGUGCUGAGAUACUUUAGAAAGGAUGGCCAUAACUGGAGGAAGAAAAAGGAUGGCAAAACAGUGAAGGAAGCUCAUGAGAGACUCAAGGCUGGAAGCAUUGAUGUUCUGCAUUGCUAUUAUGCUCAUGGAGAAGAUAACGAAAAUUUUCAAAGACGCAGUUAUUGGAUGCUUGAAGAGGAUCUCUCACACAUUGUUCUAGUUCACUAUCGAGAAGUAAAGGGAAAUAGGACAAAUUUUAACCGCAUCAAAGAGACUGAAGAAGCUAUUCCAUAUUCCCAAGAAACUGAAGGAAGUCUACCCAAUUCUGAGAUGGAAAGUUCUGUGUCUUCCAGUUUUCAUCCUAAUAAUGGUCAAAUUCCUUCAAAAACAACAGAUACAACAAGCCUGAACAGUGUGCAGGCAUCGGAAUAUGAAGAUGCCGAAUCAGACUAUAAUCAUCAAGCAAGUUCACAGUUCAACUCUUUUUUUGAGUUACAACAACCUGUUAUGGGGAGGGUUGAUUCUGGAUUCUCUGAUCCUUAUGUUCCUCUGUCACAUUCAAAUGAUUAUCAUGGAAAGCCAUCAGGCACUGGUUUUCAACUUACCCAACCAGACAAGAGUAGAGAGUAUAAUGAUGCUGGAUUAACAUAUGAGCCCCAGAAGAACCUUGAUUUCACUUCGUGGGAGGAUGUGUUGGAAAAUUGUACUCCUGGGGUUGAAUCUGCACAACAUCAACCACCAUUUUCCUCAACACAACGUGAUACCAUGGGGCAGCUAUUCAAUAACAGCUUUCUUACAAAGCAGGAGUUUGACAAUCAGGCACCUGUUCAAGAAGAAUGGCAGGCUUCUGAAGGUGAUUCUUCACAUUUAUCAAAGUGGCCAUUGAAUCAGAAAUUGCAUCCAGACUUGAGAUAUGAUCUUACUUUUAGAUUUCAUGAACAAGAAGUUAAUCACCAUGUGCAUCCAGACAAGCAACAUGAUAACUCUAUGCAAAAUAACGAACAGAUAGAGCCCUCAAAUGGAAAGCAUGGAUACGCGCUUAAACCAGAUCCAGAGAGCCAUUUGACCCUAGAGGGAAAAUCCAUUAACUCUUCUGCUAUGAGACAGCAUUUGUUUGAUGGUUCUUUAGUGGAAGAAGGUCUGAAGAAGCUUGAUAGUUUCAACCGCUGGAUGAGUAAAGAACUUGGAGAUGUAGAUGAAUCACAUAUGCAGUCCAGUUCUGGGGCCUACUGGGAUGCGGUUGAAGGUCAAAAUGGGGUUGAUGUUUCCACUAUUCCCUCUCAAGGGCAACUGGAUACCUUUUUGCUGGGUCCUUCCUUAUCCCAGGAUCAGCUUUUCAGCAUUAUUGAUUUUUCGCCAAAUUGGGCAUACGUAGGCUCGGAAAUCAAGGUCCUCAUCACGGGAAGGUUCCUGAAGAGUAGAGAUGAGGCCGAAAAUUGUAAAUGGUCAUGCAUGUUUGGGGAAGUAGAAGUUCCAGCAGAGGUUAUAGCAGAUGGAGUUCUUCGUUGCCACACUCCAAUACACAAGGCUGGCAGGGUUCCCUUCUAUGUUACAUGCUCCAACAGAUUAGCUUGUAGUGAAGUCCGAGAGUUUGAAUACCGAGUCAAUCAUAUGGAAACUAUGGAUUACCCUUGCAGUAAUACCAAUGAAAUUCUUGACAUGCGAUUUGGUAGAUUGUUGUGCCUUGGCUCCAGGUCUCCGUAUUCUAUUACCUACAAUGUAGCUGAUGUGUCCCAGUUGAGUGAUGAAAUUAAUUCAUUGCUGAAAGAGGAUAUCAAGGAAUGGGAUCAGAUGUUGAUGCAUAACUCCGCAGAAGAGAUUUCCCCAGAAAAAAUGAAGGAGCAGCUGCUUCAGAAGCUACUGAAAGAGAAGUUGCGUGUAUGGCUCUUGCAGAAGGUAGCUGAAGGUGGUAAAGGCCCUAAUAUAUUGGAUGACGGUGGCCAAGGUGUCAUACAUUUUGCAGCUGCUCUUGGCUAUGAUUGGGCCUUAGAGCCCACUAUAGUUGCUGGUGUAAGUGUUAACUUCCGGGAUGUGAAUGGAUGGACUGCACUUCAUUGGGCAGCAUCUUAUGGCAGAGAACGCACAGUUGCUUCCCUUAUUUCACUGGGUGCAGCUCCUGGAGCAUUAACAGAUCCAACUCCUAAAUAUCCUUUAGGCAGAACACCUGCUGACCUGGCCUCUACCAAUGGACAUAAAGGAAUUUCUGGUUAUCUUGCAGAAUCUGAUUUGAGUUUCCACCUUCGAUCCCUCAAUUUGGAUAACCAAGGCAAUAACGAUACCGUGGAUUCUAGAGCAGAUGCAAUACAGAAAAUUUUGGAGAGAAGCACAGCUCCACUCGGCUGUGGGGAUGCUUCAGAUGGCCCAUCGUUAAAAGACUCAUUAGCUGCUGUUCGUAAUGCCACUCAAGCUGCUGCUCGUAUUCAUCAAGUCUUCAGGGUGCAGUCCUUCCAGAAAAGGCAGCUAAAAGAGUAUGGUGAUGGUAAAUUUGGAAUGUCAAAUGAGCGUGCUCUUUCACUUAUAGCAGUCAAGUCAAACAAGCCUGGACAACAUGAUGAGCAUGUGCAAGCGGCUGCCAUUCGCAUACAAAAUAAGUUUCGUGGUUGGAAGGGUAGAAAAGAAUUUUUAAUAAUCCGCCAACGGAUUGUCAAGAUUCAGGCUCAUGUAAGAGGCCAUCAGGUCAGGAAAACAUAUAGGAAGAUAGUCUGGUCAGUAGGAAUUUUGGAGAAGGUGAUCUUGCGAUGGAGACGGAAAGGAAGUGGUUUGCGUGGAUUCAAACCAGAAGCACUCACUGAGGGCUCCAGCAUACGUGCACCACCCCCAAAGGAGGAUGAUUAUGAUUUCCUGAAAGAAGGAAGGAAGCAAACAGAAGAAAGGUUACAGAAGGCACUAGCCAGAGUGAAGUCCAUGGCUCAGAAUCCUGCAGGCAGAGAUCAAUAUAGUAGGAUGAAGAAUGUCGUCACUGAGAUCCAAGAGACAAAGGUCAUGUACGAUAAGGUUCUCAGCAGUACAGAAACAGUUUUGGAUGAAGACUUGAUUGAUCUAGCAAAACUGUUAGAUGCUGACACUUUCAUGCAUACACACCUUGAGUGAACUGAUCUCCCGUUAUUCUCUUUGUAAAUCUUGUUUGACUUUGAGCUGGCGUAUCAUCAGUAAGUGGUGCUAUAAUUCAUCUGUAAAUAACAUAACAAGCCGAUUCAUUUGGUGGUCCUUUACUCAUCAAGUGGGUUGGGAUUAACAGCUGUAUAAUUUUGACAUAUCAUUUGAUCCAUGGCCAUGCUACAUCUACAUGGAGUAUUUAUUUGCUUGA